CGUCCAUCUUCCCACAUAAAAAUCAAUAUCAUAGUUUGAAUUCAAUCCAAGUUCUGAUUCUUCUUUUGUUCUCUUUAAAGUUUGAACAAAGAUUUCCUAAACCCUUUUCCCAUCUCGUCAAUCCAUUCAUCAUCUUCUCUGUUCUUAAUACUUUUGUUUGUUUGUUUGUUUUGAUGCUCUGUUUUUCUGUCUUGGUUUGAUGGUUGGAACUUGGGACAUGGAUUUGUCUGGUUGGAAUUUUUUGAGAAAUGUUCGUGUUCUUGUUUUGGGAGUUCUUGUUUUGAACUGCUACUUGAGAUUUGGAUCCGAUGCACAACCGUUGCCUGAACAAGAAGUGAGAGCUCUUCAAGCAAUAUCUACUCAACUAAGGAACUUAAACUGGAAUGUUAACCAAAAUUCUUGCAUUAACGGUGAUGGGUUUUCCAAUAGAGCCAUCCUUGGUACUGAUAUUAUCAGAGAGGUUAAUUGCACUUGCACCACCACUGUUUGCAGAGUCACUAGCAUCCGGCUAAAGGGUCUGAAUCUAACUGGAACUCUGCCAGCAGCAUUUGCAAAUCUGACUCAGCUCCAAAAAAUAGAUCUUACUCGCAACUUAAUUUCUGGAUCAAUCCCUAAAGAGUUUGCUCAAAUUCCUCUUGUUGAUCUGUCUAUGUUGGGAAAUCGUCUCAAUGGCCAAAUUCCUCCAGAAAUUGGUGAAAUUGCUACACUUGAGCAUUUGGUUUUGGAAGACAAUCUCCUUGAAGGGAAUCUUCCUGAGAGUCUCGGGCGACUGAGCCGCUUGCAAAGAUUACUUCUUUCUGUAAACAAUUUCAAUGGAACAAUUCCAAUAUCUUAUGGAAACUUGAGGAACUUGACUGAUUUUCGGAUAGAUGGAAAUGAUGUAUCAGGAAGGCUUCCUGAAUUUAUUGGCAAUUGGACUAAACUUGUGAGACUGGAUAUACAAGGAACUUCAAUGGAGACCCCUAUUCCUAGAGGCAUAUCUGACUUGAAAAACUUAACCCAAUUGAGGAUAACUGAUUUGAAGGGACUCCCAACAAGUUUUCCCAAUUUGACUCAAUUGACAUCUUUAGAAGAACUGGUUCUAAGAAAUUGCUUAAUCCGGGAUCAGAUUCCUGAAUACAUUGGACUGUUUAGUAGUUUAAAAACUUUAGAUCUAAGCUUCAAUGAGUUGAGUGGUCCAAUUCCAGUUACAUUUCAGAAUCUAGACAGAGUUACUCAGUUCUUGUUUUUGACCAACAACUCAUUAAGUGGCCAAGUACCAAGCUGGAUCUUGAAUAGUGAAAGGAGCAUAGAUUUAUCUUACAACAAUUUUACAGGGUCCCCUGUUUCAAGUUGUCAACAGUCUGAUGUGAACUUGGUUUCAAGUUAUUCAACUACAAUGAAUGAAACUGUUUCUUGGUGCUUGAGGAAGGAUCUCCCUUGCCCAAGAGAAAAUCGAUUUCAUUCCUUGUUCAUAAAUUGUGGAGGACAAAGGAUGGAGGUUGAUGGUAAUGAAUAUGAAGAGGAUGCAACUCCAGGUGGAAAAUCCAAUUUCCUUUCUUUCUCUGAUAGAUGGGGUUAUAGCAGUACUGGUGUUUUCUUGGGAGAUGAGAAUGCUAAUUACAGAGCAAUAAGUACCAACUCAUCAAUCCCGAACAUCUACCAAACCGCUCGACUCGCACCUCUUUCGCUGAAGUACUAUGGACUUUGCUUAAGAAGAGGAAGCUACAAUGUGAAGCUUCACUUUACUGAAAUAAUGUAUACAUCUGAUCAAACAUUCAGCAGCUUGGGAGAGCGCAUAUUUGAUAUCUCUAUUCAAGGAAAAUUGGUUCAAAAAGAUUUUAACAUAAUGGAGAAAGCUGGUGGUGUUGGGAAAACCUUUAUUCUAGAAGAGUCUAAUAUUUUGGUAAAUGGAAGUACUCUUGAGAUUCAUUUAUAUUGGGCUGGGAAAGGAACUACUGCUAUUCCAGACAGAGGGGUGUAUGGGCCUUUGAUAUCUGGCAUUACAGUCACACCAAACUUUGAUGUGGAGCCUGGAACGAUAUCAGCUGGAGCUAUUGCUGGGAUUGUUGUUGGUAGUUUUGUGUUUGUUGUGUUGGUAUUGGCUGUUCUUAGAUGGAAAGGUUAUUUGGGUGGAAAGGAGACUGAAGACAGUGAGUUGAAGGCCCUAGAUUUACAGACAGGUUAUUUCAGUUUGAGACAAAUCAAAACAGCCACCAACAACUUCGACCAGACAUAUAAGAUAGGCGAGGGAGGUUUUGGUCCUGUCUACAAGGGUGUACUUUCGGAUGGUACUCCGAUUGCAGUAAAGCAACUAUCCGCUAAAUCAAGACAGGGAAACCGUGAAUUCGUCACUGAGAUUGGCAUGAUAUCUGCAUUACAACAUCCAAAUCUUGUUAAGCUUUAUGGUUGUUGUAUAGAAGGAAACCAGUUAUUGCUUGUUUAUGAGUAUCUAGAGAAUAAUAGUCUUGCUCGUGCACUUUUCGGCGCCGAGGAGCACCGACUGCACUUGGAUUGGCCGACACGGAUGAAGAUAUGCUUGGGAAUUGCUAAGGGAUUGGCUUACCUUCAUGAAGAAUCUGUCUUGAAAAUUGUUCAUAGAGAUAUUAAAGCUACCAAUGUGUUACUUGAUAAAAAUUUGAAUGCCAAGAUUUCUGACUUUGGAUUGGCUAGGCUUGAUGAAGAGGAGAACACUCAUAUCAGCACAAGAAUUGCUGGCACAAUAGGUUACAUGGCUCCUGAAUAUGCAAUGCGAGGCUACUUAACUGAUAAAGCAGAUGUCUAUAGCUUCGGAGUGGUGGCUUUGGAGAUUGUUAGUGGAAAAAGUAACACAAACUACCGACCAAAAGAAGAAUUUGUUUAUCUUCUCGACUGGGCCUAUGUUCUACAAGAGCAAGGAAACCUCCUCGAACUCGUUGAUCCAAGUCUCGACUCACAUUACCCGAAAGAAGAGGUGAUGCGGAUGAUUAAUAUAGCUCUGUUAUGCACAAAUCCAUCUCCAACUCUUAGGCCGUCAAUGUCUUCGGUGGUUAGUAUGCUUGAAGGCAAAAUUGCAGUCCAAGCACCUAUCAUAAAGCGAGACGCAGUCGAUCAAGAAGCGCGGUUCAAAGCGUUUGAAAGGCUUUCACACGAUAGCAUAACAAGCAUUUCAACGUCAUCACAAGGGAUUCCAAUGCAAAAAAGUAUGUUGCUUGAUGGACCAUGGGCUGAUUCCACCACUUCUACUCAAAACAAGGAUGAAACUCAACAUUAUUCUUCAACCAGAAACCUCCUUUAGGAUCUACAACUUCCAUUCAUAUUCUUUUGUAGAGUGUUUGUUUUGUAUGCUAAAUAAUUUGAAGAUGCGGCUCAACAUAAUUUAUAUAUAUACAUAUAUAUAUACGACAAGAAGUAGCUUAGCAAAGUGUAAGAAAUUUUGAGAAAAUAAGUACACUUUUCAAAAACAAAAAUCUAAUAUCAAAUUAUUACACGAUAAAACCUUAGUUUUGAUA